AUGGGUUCAGCCACUGAGAUUCCAGCAUACACUAGAAAGACCGUCUUGGUCACUGGGGCAGCUGGGAUACUCGGCCAAGCGACUGCAAUCUCGUUUGCCGCCGCAGGAAUUGCCCGUCUUGCCCUCGUUGACCACGUCGACGUUUCGGAUACCCAUGAAAAGGUGGUCCAAGCAGCCAUCGACGUCGAUGUCUGUGAUGCCGCGAGCGUCGAAGCAGGCGUGCGAGAGGUGUGCUCGAAGUGGGAUCAUGUCGACACUUUUGUCAACAUCGCAGCUUCUUCGCCUAGACCCGUCAUCCCUCAGGGUGAUGUAACUGGAUUGAGAGACGUGGAUACCUGGUGGAAGGUCUGGGAGGCCAACGUCAAGGGUAUCAGCCUCAUGGCUCGGGCUCUGCUGCCCCUUCUUUCGCGCAGCUACGAAAGGACGAUCGUGAAUGCGGUUCCUGUGUUCUCCGUCAAUCCCGCGGCGCCUCCAAGCGACAAUCAGUUGUCUGUGUUGGCCUCUACGCGGCUCUCUGAGAGUUUGAUGCUCGACUACGCGCAUGAGGGCGUCCUGGUUUACUCUGUAAACCCAGAAAUCAAUCUGGAGGGAAGAGUCCCAGAGGUCACGAGACACGGUAAGUAA